AAUCAAUUCAUUUGACAACUUGCAUUAAAUUUUAACCGGAGAACGUAUUUCAACGAUGGCGUAUUUUUCUAGAUAUGAACUAUUCCAAUUUAUUAAUAAUUAAAAAGAAAUUAAGGACUUAAAAACAUAGAAGAGUGUUUGAAAGAAAGAAAAGAAAAAGUGUAAAUUAACUUUCUACAAAAUAUGAUUUCAAAGAAGUGAUGCUACAAAUAAAUAGCAAAGUGGGUGAAAAAGUGUGGAAAUGUUGAAGAAAAUGUUUGGUCGGAGGUUGGUGAUGUCGCGAUCGUGGACGUCGAAGUCGAUUUUGUUUUUGCGUUGGAACAGUGUGAUUUGUUUCGGUUUAUGUGUUUUGAUUGCAUCAGCCGCGGUGACUGCGACAACAGUCACGCCAGGCGCAACAAAAAUAAAAACAGUUGAAAAUGCACACAACAUAUCGAAAGAAAAUGGAAAUAACAGUACAUCUGAGGAUAAUACUGCAACCGAACAAGUACGAGUGUACCGCCUGAGGGAGGCAUGCACUGAUUUGGCGCGAGACGAAGAAACAUUAAUGGUUUUCUCAACAUUGGGGGGCGGAUUAACAGCCAUCGAUCCGAUAACAACUGAAAUUCGUUGGACCAUAGCAGACGAUCCCCCGAUACGCGCUGAGCAAGAGCAAAAUGUGCAAGUGCCUCAAUAUUUUCCAGAUCCGCGAGAUGGCAGUAUUUACCAACUUAGUGAUUUGGGCAACUUGAAGAAAUUGCCCUACACCAUACCACAGUUGGUGGCCAGUGCGCCAUGUCGCUCGUCUGAUGGCAUCCUGUAUUCGGGCAAAAAGAGCGAUACUUGGUUCAUGGUCGAUCCUAAGUCGGGUAGACGUGAGAAAGUCAUGGGCUUCGGCUCGGGCGGUUCACAAGCCGCACAAAAUCCAGAGGAAAAUGAAAAUAGAGCAAAGCAUACCAAUUCGCACUCUAUCUACUUGGGGCGCACACAGUACACCGUAAUGAUGUACGACAGCUUGGCCAAAGGAAAAAAUGCUAAGCCUUGGAAUAUCACUUUCUAUGAUUACAGUGCGCACACCAUGACGCCAGAUAUUUCUAAAGAAUAUGAAUAUUUGCAUUUAACCACCACAUCCAAUGGCAAUGUAGUGACUUUGAAUCGCAAGAAUGGUAAAUUUCUGUGGAAGCACGAUCUAACGAGUCCCGUAGUGGCGGCAUUCCUGCUCGGUUCGGAGGGAUUGCUAAGCGUGCCUUUUACCACUGUCUCCGAUGAGGCUUUCGAAGCCAUUCUGGAAGAAUCCAAAACCGGCAAUGUGAAUACCAUCAAACUAUUCCAAUCGCUUUAUGUGGGCGAGCAUAGUCAUGGCUUAUAUGCGUUGCCAUCGUUGGUGGAUAAAGAUACACCACGCAUUUCAGCAAGCUCUCCAAUAAAACUUUUGGAUGGCCCCAAUUCUGUUGGUGAUGAAUCAGAUUCCAAAAUGGUUUAUCUGGACGAUGUUAUACGCAAAAAUGUUGGCAUUGUGCUCGGCCAUUAUAAUAUGCCGAACGAAGGUUCUUUGGAAAUAUCGCCUUCGCCCGCAAAAGAUGAAAACAGCCAUGACUUGGCUACCAUCAAUCAUUACCCCGAUGUCACCACUAUGGGCUCCAACGGCUAUAGCAUUCUUACAGAAUCGAAUAGCGAGAAGAACUCCGCUGAAAUUGGCGUACAAACUGACCCAGUAAUUGAAAUAAAAACAGAUUCAACUAACGCCUUUAACAAGACAAAAAGGAUCAUUCUGGCGAAUAGCAAUCGAAUACAAAAAUUCUUCAACGAAUGGUUUAUGGAUCAUCCGAGCGGCCAAGUGCAUCAGAUACUGAUCGUUUUGGUUUUGGUUAUGGUCGCCAUGUUCUGGUACAUGUGCAGCACGAUGCGUGAGCUGAAAUAUCAAAGUGAAAAUGGUUCUAAAACUUACUCUGGUUCCAACAAGAGUAGCAUUGCCAGCAGUAGUGUAAAUGCAAAGGACCUGAUUGAUCUUGGCGAUGGAAAUAUACGAGUCGGAAAAAUUUCCUUCAACUCAAAUGAGGUAUUAGGCAAAGGGUGCGAGGGCACAUUUGUGUUCAGAGGCAGUUUUGAGGAGCGCUCUGUGGCGGUGAAACGGCUGCUGCCUGAAUGUUUCACAUUUGCCGAUCGUGAGGUGGCUUUGUUGCGUGAAAGCGAUGCGCACGAGAAUGUGGUGCGCUAUUUCUGCACUGAACAGGAUCGGCAGUUUCGUUAUAUAGCAGUGGAGUUGUGUGCGGCUACGCUGCAGGAUUAUACAGAGGGUGAGCGUAGCAGUGAGCUGCGUUCACAGAUCAACGUUUGGGAGAUAUUGCGCCAAGCGGCAGCUGGUGUGAGUCACUUGCACUCAUUGAAUAUCGUGCAUCGCGAUAUCAAGCCGCAAAACGUUUUACUUUCAUUGCCCGAUGUCAGUGGCACAGUUCGCAUUAUGAUAUCCGAUUUCGGUUUAUGCAAGAAGUUGAAUUAUGGCAAGGCCAGCUUUUCACGCCGCUCUGGCGUUACCGGCACAGAUGGUUGGAUUGCGCCCGAAAUGAUGCGCGGCCAACGCACGACAACUGCUGUGGACAUUUUUUCACUUGGUUGUGUCUACUAUUAUGUGCUCACCGCUGGUCAUCACGCUUUCGGCGAUGCGCUCAAGCGGCAGCACAACAUACUGUCGCACGAGUACAAUCUGUCGAAACUAAAGGUGGACGCAGAUAAUGAAACGAGCAUGCCCGAGGAGGCGAGCAAAUUUAUUCUUGCUGAACAGUUAAUAGCAGAUAUGAUUCAUAAUGACGCGCAAUGUCGUCCGCUGGCGCGCUGUAUAAGCGCCCAUCCGGUCUUCUGGAAUAACCAGAAGAUACUGGCAUUCCUACAGGACGUCAGCGAUCGCGUUGAGAAGCUGCAGUUUCAUGUGGAACCGCUGAAGUCGUUGGAAAAGAAUGGGCGCUGCAUUGUGCGCAACGACUGGAAUGCGCACGUCGAUCCACUCAUAACGGAUGACUUGCGCAAGUAUCGCGGUUAUAUGGGCGCCAGUGUACGCGACUUACUGCGCGCGCUUCGCAAUAAAAAACACCAUUACCACGAACUCACUCCGGAAGUGCAGCAAUUACUGGGUUGCAUUCCGAAUGACUUUACCAAUUAUUGGAUUAAUAAAUUCCCCGAAUUAAUAUCCCAUGCGUACCAUGCAUUUACUAUCUGUGCUGAAGAGCCUAUUUUUAGGCAUUAUUACAACACCAACUAUCGCUUCAGUCGCCCAUGGUAUUUCGAUGCAGACGAAAAUCUUUUCCCAUCGCUAAAAGACGAUCCCAAACCUUUGAUGAAGCAAACUGCGACGGGCACUAAAGACGAGAGCGCCAGUCCGAAACGCCUGCCGCGCACCCUUGACAAACAACAACAACAAGUGAAGCAGCGCAAAGGUGUUUAUAAAUUCCGCAAAAAGUCCGACCCGGAGGCUGUUGGUGUUGGCGUUGGUUUGCAACGCAACCUGGAGUUAAUGUCGACCUCUGCUUCAGUGGCAGCUGAGGAAGGGGAUGAUGCGGGCAACAAACGAGAUGCGUACGCGAAUUUUAAAUUUCGCCGGAAUUAUGGCAAAUCAGCAAAUCGAAAUUUUAGUAAUUUGAAUGCAAAUGCGAAUGACAACACUAAUAAUGAGGGCAACAAAGAAAAAAUCGUUACAUGGACGUUGCCUAACAAGCCGGCGAACGAUGAAUGAGAAAGUAAAUUACACAAAAAUUAUUACUUAGUUUAAUUAAGUAAACUUUUUUAAUUAAGUACACUGUUAGCAAGUAUUUAGCUUAGAUUGAUAGCUAUUUUAACUUUUAAACAGUUUUUAUUACAAGGACGUUAUGUAGAUUAGGAAGAGGAUCAGUUCUUUCCUGGUAAAGUGCUAUGACAACCAUACGAACUUUUUCGAAGCAAUGCCACUUUGGCUCAGGGUUUGACAUUUUGCCCUAUCACUGAAUUGCAUUACUACUAAUGUUUUAGUGGUAGUGGAAAUAAGGGUUACAUGAUCACUUAAUAUUCAAUUUUUUAGCUUUCAUUCAGCUACAUCUUCAGUUCCCGCUUAUUGCAUUAAUUAUUUAGUCCAUUAUGUCCAACCCUGCUUUGGCAUUAUUAUUUUGGAUCUAACGUUGUGAUAGUACGAACGUACAAAUUUGUAAUUCCCUAUAUGAAAAAGCUUUACAACAGGUAAACAUGUGAAUAUUUUUGGAAAAGUAAACUUUUAAUGAUUGCAGCAAAUGGUCUUUUAUACAUUUUUUUUGAUUUGUUAUUAAAUUAACCACUCCGUUGGGUAGCUUUUUAUACUUUUUUUUGUAAGUAGAUUAACCCUGCGCUGGGCACGUUUUUUAAAACGUUCAGUUUGUCACCCGGGUCUGGCCUUUUUUCGUACUGUUCGAGGAUCCUUUUUAAAAGGUUAUAUCCAUAAAUCGGUAGAAAAUAAAAUUUUAGGAAGUUACCGGGAAGUUCAAGACUUCAGCUAUAAUAUAAAUGUGUUAAACUCACGCACAAAAUGGAAAAAAUCUGGCCGGGUGCCCAAUGGAGGGUUAGCGAGGAAGCGGAUAGACUAGGCCUCUGCUAAGCAAAGCUUAUGAACGUGGAGAAUGCUGUUCACUAGACAGGGCUAAUCUAGCACAAUUACGUUCUGGAUAUUGUAGCAGGUUAAACUCCUACUUAUCCAGAAUCGACCCCGACAUACCAAACAUAUGUCCGGCAUGUGAAGCCACCCCGCACGACACUAACCACCUUUUCACAUGCCCCCUAAAACCGACACAUCUAACACCCCUCUCCCUCUGGACCCAUCCCGUCGACACAGCAUGUUUCCUGGGCCUACCUCUAGAUGAGCUAGACGAAGACGACCGGUGAUAUGCCCGACACUGGCGGGGCUACUAUUACUGUUAACAAACAAACAAACAACGUGGAGAAAGUAUUAAGACAAAUUGUACUGCUACCAGACAACAGGUAACAUUUUUUUGAAAACAAAAAAAACAGAUAUUCUAAGCUUUGUUGUUGCUGUAACAGCAUAAAACAUUCCCCACAUAUUUUGGGGCAGUACUACUGAAAUUGUCAGUCCUUGACCGAUUAUAGGCACGACUGUCGUAUUUAAGUCGUAGUACGUGCCUCCAGCCACUACAUAUCCAUAUAUUUUUCCACUUAUUAAGAGUGGAAAAGCCUAUUAUUUUUUUUUGUAUGCUCCUGAAACUCUUUGGUUUAAGUUGUUGUUGUUGCUGUUGUUGUAGUAGCAUAAACAUUCCUCAUAGAUGUAUGGGGAAUGCUGCUGCAGUGACAGUCUUGGCCGAAUAUAAAUCCCAUUCAUUACGAUUACGUAGAACCGACUGUCGUGGGAACGAUUUGGCUUAAGUCUCAAAAAGUUUAUUUCUGAUUGAGUAUUCUCAAUCCCAGAAGUGAUUUCAAAAAGAGAUUCCUUCAAAAAUAAAAAAAUGAUGAUUCAAAAUUUUGCGCCAGUUUUAUGCUAGGAAAUAAUAACAGGUGAAUAUCACAAAUUGAAUCAACGCCAUGAAUAAGGUCAAGCGACAAAAUUGCAAGUUGUCAAGAAUAUAAAAUAACGUUUUCAAUGGCACAUAUGAAGUUAUUUAAAAUGUGUACAGUUUUAACCCUCCGUUUUACAACUUUUUUAAAACCUUCGGUUGGGCGCCCUGGUUUGACCUUUUUUUGUUUUGUUUAAGGAUACUUUUUUAAAGGUUAUAACCAUAAAUGGAUAAAAAAUUAAACUUCAGGAAGCUACCUGGAAGCUUAAAAAAGGAAAAAGUUGUUUCUAAUAGCGGUCGCUCCUCCGAGUGUAUUUCUGCCAUGAAAAAGCUCCACAUAAAAACCAUUUGCCGUUCGGAGUCCACUUAAAACUGUAGGUCCCACCAUUGGUGGAUAAGCAUCAAGACGCACAUCACAAAUAGGAGGAGGAGCUCGGCCAAACACCUUACAGAAGUAUUACGCGCCAUUUAUUUUAUUUUUAUUUUUACCUGGAAGCUCAAGGCGUUAGACAUAAUAGAAAUAUGUAUGUUAAAUUCACAUCCGAAGUCGCAAAAGCCAGUUUGGCCAGAUCCGGAGGGUUAAAUUGAAAAAAAAAAAAGGAUUUACAAAUUUGAAUAAUGGAGAAGUGUUUUAUCUCUCGGUGGAUGCUAGCAAGUGUUGCCCUUUCCCCCUAUAGACGGUUCUAUGUAACUGAAACGACCCGGAUUUAUAUCUCGCCAAGGAUUGUCAUUUCAAUACAACAACUACAAUAGUAACAACAAGUUUUUUCACUAAGUGUAACAUAUUUUUUUUGACUGUCGCUUAAAACGUUAUUCACGGCGCUGAUUCAAUAGCGUAAAAAAGUGUGACUAAAUACGCAAAGUUGGCUUGCACCACCUGCAAAUUAUUUUUUAUUGUAUUUUUUUUUUUUGCUCUAAAAGAGGGGCUGCGUGACGUACCAUUUUACUGCUAUUGGGUGCGAAUAUCGCGCAAUAAAAAUUUUAGUUCUAUAAAGAUCGCCACACGGUGGGCAAACGUUUUCGAAUCUCUGCACUGAAAAAGCUUGUCGUCAGCCAUUCGGAGACGGCAAAAAUAGAACUACGGACGUCUAAAUAUCGCCCGAAUUUUCGAAUUAAAUAUUUUGCAUGGCUGCGAUUUAUUUGAUUGAUUUUGCAAUGCUCAACACAACUACAUAUUGACCUUAUGGCUGUACUAAUGGAAUGCUGUGCAUGCAUGCGCCGAAUUUUGUACCAAAACCCUUUUUCGAAUCAUGACAAUACAAGUGUUUUCUUACAUCCGUAUAUUUCUUAUUCAAAAAACACUUAAUUGAGUGUAAUAAAAUUAUGGGGACACAACGAAAUUCAAGUUACAUAAAAUUGAUGCAUUUCAUGACGAAUAGAAUAAGCCACUUUAUUUGAAAAAUAAGUGUGAAAUUGAAGGAGCAAACAUACAAACUUGUAUGUAUGUAAUGUACGAUAAAAAGCGCGAUCCUUUCAGUCCACAGUCUGGAGUAAUUGUUGCAAAUUAGUUAUUUUAGAUAUGGGCUGAGAAAUAAAUAUAAAAAAGUUUCUUUUGUUGGCGAAUAUUCAAACAAAUCAGUUUGAAAAAUAUAUAAAAAAGUGCAAUUUUUAGCAAUUUUAAUUUUAUUAAUUAUAUAUACAUAUUUUGCAUUAAUUUUUUUGCAUAUAGCAAGUAGCGGCAAUUAUUUAGCGCACUGUCGAUUGAAAAGAAUCGCUGCUUAGAAAUCAGAAAAAGUGUCUGUCAAAUGCACGUAAAUUGUCUGUGAUAACAUUUACUGUUAAACUUAAGAAUUGUAUAAAAACAAAAAAAAAAAAAAAAGAAA